CUUCAGCAAAACCGACAGAUAUGGAUCAGACUCGAAGAUCACGCAAGUCAUCGUUUACAGAACAUGUCCAACGCAUACUACGUGUUGAGAACCAAGCAAAUAGAACCCAAAGCGACCCAGAUUCCCCCCCCACACUCCACCAGCAAGUUGAAGCAAAUGCUCGAAAUGAGGGUGGAGAAGGCAGUGUAGACGGCCUUACAGGUGAUGUACGCCAGCCUGUGAAUGACACAGAAUCCGCUGCCACAAAUACUGUUUCCGAAGAGCAACUCCCAUCAGAAAAUGGCAAGAAAAGCAACAGCCGACCAAAAGGUUUGCUAUUCGGAGAUGACAAAAAGGGCAAGAAGAAAGAAAAACGCGUUACAAGACGUCUCGAGGCAGAAAGGAAAGAACUUGAGAACCGUUUAAAACAGCUUGAAGAGGCGCAGUCCUCUGGGUCGAACAAGAGGGCUUCUCGUCGUCUUAUUAAAAAGCGACCACCGAGCAAUUCGAGUAGAGAUUCAAGCAUGAGUGCAGGGGAAUCAAUGUCGUCUCGCGCUUCUUUCGCGUCCUUUUUCUCGGCGUCAGGGCGUUCCUCUCGUUCUCGGUCUAGCUCUACAAAUCGAAGCCACGCUCCAUCCUGCCCUGAGUCGAUUGAUCUUCCAAAUCACCAUUCACAGGGACAUAAUGGUUCAUCUACUGCUCCUUCUCUGGAUUCAGAUUUACCAGAACGCUCUAGCCAAACGACGUCUAGAGAACCAGCUAACCAAAAUACCGCUGUGCUUGCAGAUCCUAAGCCAAUGACCCAACCACAACGAUCCCUGCAGACGGCUGCAGGUGCCCUUCGCCGUUGGGGCAGCAGGAAAGUUUCGCAAGCGGUAGACGAAAAUGGAUAUUCACUGUGUGAACAUCAGGCUAUUUCCCAACAAGGCCCAAAAUCCGACCAGGCUCGUGCUAAACAUGCAAUCCCGGAGAAAUCAUCAACAAUGACCGCUUUGAACCCUUCGGCAGACCUGUCGUUUGCCCUGUCCUCGGACCUAAACAAGAGAACCCUUGGCUCAAGUCCGAAGGAGCCUACCACGUCCUCAACUGCCGGCAAUCAUCAUUCCCUUCCCUCUAGGCAAGUGGCCCCACAAACCAAAGGAUAUGGGCAGCCACAAAGCAGGCCACAGACAACGCACCCCGUUAUUCCCAAGCUGCAGUCCGAUAUUCCGACUUUGUUAUCCUAUCAAUCCAUUCGCCAAGAUGUAAUGAAGCCAAGUGCAACCCCAUCUUCGCCCUUCUUGCAAGGGGUUUCCCCCAAACCCUCAUCGAUCAGGAACCUCUCUGAUAAAAGCUCCCGCAGUCAUAAUACAACUUUCAAGUCCUCUCCUCUGGCAGCUGCGCCUGCAAUGAGUGUCAGCAUAGACUUGUCGGUAGAAACGAAAAGUACGACAUUCAUCUCAACGUCUCGAACGUCCAAGAAUAGGGCGCAGAUGCUACCUUCAGAAGCGCAUGCUUCAGGCGGCCUGUUAGCUUCGAAAUCAGAGAGCUCACAUACUGUAAGCUCUUGUGAUCAUCAUCGAACAGAAAAAGCCAGGGCACAAGGGAAUUCAUCGACCGCCACACUGAUUAACCCCUCGCCGCUUAGGACUAAGCUAGAAACGGAGAGCGAUGCUUCCCAGAUUCACGGCAAACACCAAUUGAAAGUUAAGGGUAAUCGGCGGCGGUUUCUGCCUUCGUUUAUCACCCUCUCAGAUCCAGCGGCAGACUCGCUGGUGAAGCAAACCGACGCAAGUGACAAUCGUUCUCUGAAAGGCAAAUCGCCUGUCUCGUACGGCCCUAAGUCGAAACCGGCUAUCAUGGAGGGUGUCCCAGUACGAUUAAACCCCCUCCUCACAGAGAACAUAUCCAGCAGCAGAUCUGGUCAAUCUUCAGAUAUUAGCUUCUGCAAAAGCCCGCCGGACCAACCAAUUCAUUCACCGGAGAGACCACCAUCAGCAUGCUCUUCCCAAGAACCUCACCACGAAGAGAACUAUGAGACAGCAGAAGAAGAUGCGGGAAGUACUGCCGGCUCCCGAGAGAAUCUACCUUCAACUCAUUCACAUCAUCAAAGCUCCCACGGUCGUCUUCCUCGAGUCUCCGCCUCCAAAGACACCAUCUCUUGCUCUGGUGGGACAGCCCCUACGACUAAUGGGGCUACAAAUACUCAAAAGAGCAACAUUCCAGAGCCUCUUGAACAGGGUCACACUCUCACAAAAGUUUUCGUGAUUUGUUGUAACUGCAAUAUUUGGCAUGAUAUGCCCUCAGAGGUGUACGCAAGACUGAGACCCAUGACGAAUCCUCCCGAAGAGCCCAGGGCACAUCCAUGCAGCUCUGGAAUACAAGGAUUAGAAUCAAAUGAAGAACACCAUGAAAAACGAAGUUUCGCAGGACCGAAUGGGACAUCAUUCCAGGAUCCCCAGCGGGGAUAUUCCAACAGACCACAGCGGAAGCAGCUGUUCCACAGACCAACCGGAUCAGAGCUGUCGGGAUCGAACCCUACAUCCCUGCGAUGUUGCUGGUGCGAACAUCGAAUGCUUGAAUCAUGCUGUCACAUAUGGGCUACCGUCGUUCAACUGCGUGAAAGACUGCCAAAUACCUAGAUGUUUAGGCUACCAGUAUUGUCUUUUCUCUCAGAUCCUUAUAGCUCUGUCUCUUAAAUCCAUGCCUGCUCUCUGCUUGGUAUUCCAACUGACGAUCUGAUGCUAUGUUUUGGAUAUUCCAGCGAUACUUUACGUAUCGAUGGUCUAGAACAUAACCUUAUUGUUGGCAUGACCUGAUGACCGAACUAAUUCUUGUAACCUGCGUGUACUGACAAUGGAAAUUAAAGUAGAAAUAAUAUUUUGCGCUUAUGUACUCACGAAGUUCUUGAGGAUGUUAUGUCUGGAAUGUUCAGUAGUUGUACGCAUGGACAUCAUGCUCAUUAGCUGGUAGUGCUCUUGUGACCAAUGUGGUGAGCGCCCCUGCCAAUUA